UAAAAAUAAUGAAGCAGUAACAAUAAUCCUCCACACGUUGACCAAUGUGAGUAGAAAUCUCUAUAACCUCAAGGCCGGACUCGAUGAUAUCAACAGUGAGACGGAAAUAGCAAAAACAACAUUGAAAAAAUUAAUUGGAAUUCAGCGGGAGCAUUUGCUCGAUUGUAUUUUUCGGAGGGCUGAACAUGAAAAAAAGAUACCAAUUUUCACCAGUCGCAUUGACCCGUCUGAACUACCUUAAGAAGUCAUCUUCACUUUGACACUUAAUUAUAAAUUUAAUCACCCCACGACAAUCACAAGAAGAUAUUCGCACGACUAUUUACGUUUAAAUACAUCAAUUAAUUGAUAAAUAAUGCACCAAUGAGUAUUUUAGAGAUUAAACGAGGCACCUGAUGUGAGAGAAGAAAUUUUAAAGAAGAAAUUACAAAGAGUUUUAAUCAUCUCUGGGUCUUCGCGACUUAAUUUCCAUUUAUAUUAAAAAUAAUGAAGCAGUAACAAUAAUCCUCCACACGUUGACCAAUGUGAGUAGAAAUCUCUAUAACCUCAAGGCCGGACUCGAUGAUAUCAACAGUGAGACGGAAAUAGCAAAAACAACAUUGGAAAAAUUAAUUGGAAUUCAGCGGGAGCAUUUGCUCGAUUGCGUUUUUCGGAGGGCUAAAUGUGAAAAUGAGAAGAUACCAUCUUUCACCAGUCCCCUUGCCCCAUCUGAACUCAUCUUCACAUUGACGCUUAAUUAUAAAUUUAAUCACCCCACGACAAUCACCAGAAGAUAUUCACACGACUAUGUACAAUCAAAUACAUCAAAUAAUUGAUGAAUAAUGCACCAAUGAGUACUUUAGAGAUUAAAUGAGGCACCUGAUGUGAGAGAAGAAAUUUUAAAGAAGAAAUGAAAAAGAGUUUUAAUCAUCUCUGGGUCAUCGCGAUUUAAUCUCCAUUUACAUUAAAAAAUAAUGAAGAAGGAACGAAAUUGCCACAAAUAUUUAUACCGAAUAUUCCAUAUUUUCCUAUCCCCAGAGAGUUAUAAAUGCGAAUUAAAGAAGAGGUAAAAAUAAUCGGGGGAUUAGGAAGGGGCCAAUUGAUAGACAAUCUGCAUGAAAGUAAAGUGAGAAUAAAAAUCACAUGAAUUUGUAAUCGAGGAGAGGCUAUUUUUGUUCUUAAUGAGGAUAAUGAGGAAUGAUAAGUGGUUAUCCCCACUCUUUAUUUAUUAUCUUCGAGGGGGGAUCCUCAGAAUGUGACUGUGCACUUCAGUUGGGAGUGACUGUUCGCAGUGUGCAUAUGUAACAAGUGAUAGAGAAUUAUUAUUAGUGGGAGGAAAUAGCACUAUGGCUUCAUCCAAAGAUUGCAGAGCAUGCGGACCAGGAUACAGAAGUCCUCUGGCUGCGAUGAGAGAGGGAUUGAGAGAGAAAAUAAUCUACGUCGUUUGCCCACACACGGAUCCGACGAAGCCUGAUGUCCUUGCCACUGUUGAUGUCGAUCCAGGCAGCUCCACGUAUUGCCAAAUUAUUCAUAAGCUGAAGAUGCCCCACGUGGGGGAUGAACUCCAUCACUCCGGGUGGAAUGUUUGUGGCAGUUGUCCUGACAUAAAGAAGAAGAGGAACGUCAUGGUUUUACCUGCUUUGAUGUCCGAUAGGAUUUAUUUCGUGGAUACGAAGGAGGAGAGGAAGCCUGUGAUCAAGAAAGUACUGGGGCCUGAAGCAUUGCAUCACCAGGGACUAGCGGCUCCCCACACCGCCCACUGUUCCCCCACGGGGGAGAUAAUAAUAUCAACAAUGGGGAGGCCAAAUGGCGAUGGAGUGGGUGAUUUUUUCCGCGUUGAUAGUGAGACACUCUUAGUCAACGGGACGUGGACGAAGGGGGAGAAGAAAGCCCAAUUUGGGUAUGACUUCUGGUAUCAGCCGUAUCAUGAUACCCUUGUAUCCACCGAGUGGGGGGUCCCGAGAGUCUUCAAGAGGGGGUGGGCUAAUGGAGAUAGUGCUGAUCCUCUGGUAUACGGAAGAAGUUUGAAUAUCUUCUCCUGGAGUAAGCAAACCUUGGAGCAAGUGAUUAACCUUGGGGAGGAGGGAAUAGCACCCCUGGAGAUAAGAUUUCUCCACGAGCCCACAGCCAGUGAGGGCUACGUGGGAUGCGCGGUCGCCUCCAAUAUUUUCCGGUUCUUCAAAAAGGAGGAUGGGAAAUGGGACGCCGAAAAGGUCAUCGAUGUACCUGCGAAGAAGGUCGAAGGCUGGGUCGCACCGUACAUGAAUGGAAUGAUAACAGACAUUCUGAUAAGUCUUGACGACAAAUACCUGUAUUUCAACAAUUGGCUCCACGGGGACGUGCGACAGUACGACAUAACAGACCGUAGAAACCCGAAAUUAGUCGGCCAAGUGUUUCUGGGUGGAUCGAUCCUCUCAGACUCGAAAGUCCGUGUCGUUGAUGAUAAAGAAUUGAAGGCCCAGCCAGAGCCGGUGUUUAUCAAAGGGCGCAGGCUGUAUGGCUCACCUCAGAUGCUCCAAUUGAGUCUCGAUGGACGGAGACUCUACAUCACCACCGCUAUUUUCAAACCGUGGGACGUCCAGUUCUAUCCUGAACAUGUCAAAAAUGGUUCGACAAUGGUGAAAAUUGAUGUCGACUUGGAGAAUGGCGGAAUGAAACUUGAUGAGAACUUUUUGAUUGAUUUUGGAGCUGAUAAGGAUGAUGUCCUCUUAGCACAUGAGAUGAGAUAUCCCGGUGGAGACUGCACCUCAGACAUCUGGCUCCCGGAGACCCAUUAAAAUCGCUGUACCAAAUAAAAACUGGAAUAAAUCCUUGCAAUUAUUUA